AACAAUACCCCAGCCAAGUAAUCAGAUCAAACUACUUGAAUCUGAAGUUACGUCACUUUAGACUGACUUACAAGAGGAGAGAUCUGAGAAAAGGACAAUGCAGGAGGCACAUCAGAUGGAGGAUGAAAGACUUUAAAGAAGAGCUGGCGGAACUGCAACAGCUGCAGAAGAAAAGGUUUGGCUGUUGGCACUAUUGCUACUGCAGCCAACAUUAGUUACAUUGGUUACCUGGUCAGCACAUGGUCAGUUUACAUGUAAAAAAAAUAAAUAAAUAACUUGUAUAGAGUGUAGUAGGGUCCGUUUUUAUGAUAUUUUGCAUGCUUUUAACUUUGUGUUUUACAUGAGUGUUGUGUUUUGCAUGCAGACAGACAAACAGAAGAAGGCACAUGGAAACGGAGGGUUGAGUGAGGCCCGGAUGGGGCCGAGCCCAAGGGCCAGGAGAUGAGAGCUGAGCCAGGACACCCCCUGAAGCGCGGACACGGAGACGAUCGGAGCCAUGGCAACAGCAAAGUGUGCCGUAACGUUCGCGGUGUGCGUCCUCAUGGUAACGGAGCUCAUACUCGCCAAGAAGGAUUACUACGACAUACUGGGAGUGCCCAGAGACGCCACUGAGCGGCAGAUAAAGAAAGCUUUCCACAAGCUGGCCAUGACAUAUCACCCAGAUAAGAACAAGAGCCCGGACGCUGAGGGGAAAUUCAGGGAGAUUGCUGAAGCUUAUGAAACGUUGUCCGAUGAAACCAGAAGAAGGGAAUAUGACCAGUUUAGUGACACCUCUGCAUACUUCACCGGGGAGACACAAGGAGGUCAUAGACCGGGUGCCAACCAACGUUACACCUUCAAAUUUGAUGACAUUUUCAAGGAUUUUGACAUCUACAGCCAGAACAGGCACGCUCGUCACCGAAGACACUUCGACGAACGCUCCAGGUCGCACGGCAGACAUAAGAGACACUUUCAAGGAGGUUUUAAAACCGAUAUCUUUGGUGACAUGUUUGAAGACAUGGAGAAACCUUUGUUUACCUUUGACGGACACACCAAACAGAAACAACACUGUAUAACAGUGACACAGCGCAGAGGAAACAUGGUAACCACAUACACAGACUGUACUGCAUCUUAAAGUGGAACGUAAAAUGACCUCUGACUCAAAAUUGCCUUAAGGGGGUGUAAUAUUGUCGUAUUGAUUAGGUAACAGAAAGCCACUUGGUUCAAAUGUUGCGAGCACUGUGAUCUGACAUUCAACAGUGACCAAUCCGUUUACUUAGCUUAGGUCGAAAUACAAAUAAGUUAUGUUUUGUUCAACCUAUUCUCUGUGUGUGAAUGGACAUGAUUGUAGAUUCCUCAUUGUUAAAGUAAACUGAAAGGGAAUAUUUUGUCAGUAUUUUUUAAGCACUUUCUUUGAUGGUAGUUCACUGUUUGGAACAAUAAAACAAUCAUGCUGAAUUUGGCACAGGAUUACCCAUGUGUCAGUUCACACCUUGUUCUUUUGUA